GCGCACCUCUCCAACCACUCUGGUUCCCGUUGUAGACGGAGCAGGACGGAUUUUACUUACACGCUGUGAAGGGAGGAUCGUUCCAGGAUCCCAAAAUGGCUGGAGAGGAGACACAAGAGCGCGGCAACUGGAGCCGGAAGAUGGACUUCAUGCUGUCCUGUAUCGGGUUCGCUGUCGGUCUCGGCAAUGUGUGGAGGUUCCCGUAUCUGUGCUACAGAAAUGGAGGAGCUACCUUCCUCAUCCCCUACCUCAUCAUGUUGGUCCUCGCUGGGCUGCCCUUGUUCUACCUGGAGCUCGCCCUGGGACAGUUCGCCUCUGAAGGCCCCAUCACGGUGUGGAAGAUCAGCCCUGCCUUUACAGGUAUUGGUUUCGGCAUGUUGACCAUCAGCGGCAUGGUGUGCAUCUACUACAACGUCAUCAUCAUGUACUCCAUCUACUACAUGUUUGUCAGCUUCGUCAACCUCGACGACACGGUUCCCUGGGAGACGUGCAACAAUCCCUGGAACACCUUAGCGUGCAGGAAGAAGGCCUACCCUGAUCUGAAAAGCAUGGACGAGGAGAACAGAACAAUGACAUUAUUUGACGAGAUUUACAAGAAGCCAUGCGUAGCAGGCCUUCUCAACAACAUCUCCGACGUCUACAACACCACCUUCACCAACGUUACCGAGCUCAACUCCACCAUGAUCCAAAGCGACAUCACCAAGGGCUGCAUGAUCAAGUACACAACGGCCAGUGCAGAAUACUGGGAACGCUACGUCCUCCGUGUUCACGAAGCUGAUGGUUUUGAAGACAUGGGCGGCUUCAGUUUGAAGAACGCCGUCACUCUGUUCUUCGCCUGGAUCCUUAUCUUCUUCUGUCUCAUGAAGGGAGUCAAGUCAUCUGGCAAGGUCGUGUACUUCACCGCCACCUUCCCCUACGUCAUCCUGAUCGUCCUUCUGAUCCGAGGCCUCACCCUGCCCGGAUAUGAGAAGGGGAUCGAGUUUUACAUGAUUCCCGUCCCAGAGAAGCUGAAGAACGCUAAGGUAUGGGGAGAUGCAGCCUCCCAGAUCUUCUACUCUCUUGGGCCAGCAUGGGGUGGUUUGCUCACCAUGAGCAGCUACAACAAGUUCAAGAACAAUUGCCAACGGGACGCCGUUAUAGUCGCGUUGAUCAACUGUGGAACUAGUAUCUUUGCCGGGUUUGCCAUCUUCUCACUGCUUGGGUUCAUGGCUCACAUCACCAACAGACCAGUGGAGAGCGUUGUUGACUCAGGUCCAGGCUUAGCGUUCAUUGCUUACCCAGAAGGCAUUGCACAACUUCCGGUGUCUUCCGUUUGGGCGUUCCUGUUCUUCUUCAUGUUGCUAACACUGGGACUUGACAGUCAGUUCGUUAUGAUGGAGACCGUCAUCAGUGGAAUCUCUGACGUCUUCCCGAAGUUCCUCCGGAAACACAAGACACUUUUCACACUCUUCUGUUGCCUCGUUGGUUUCAUUCUGGGACUGCCACAAGUCACAAAGGGUGGAAUCUACAUGCUACAACUGAUGGACUGGUAUUCUGGCAGCUACAACCUGAUGCUGGUGGCUCUGGCGGAGAUAAUAUGCAUCAUGUAUGUCUAUGGCUACAAGAACUUCAUGAGUGACAUCGAGAUGAUGGUCGGCAGCAAGCCCAACAUCUACUGGCUCGCCAACUGGCUUUUUCUCACGCCUGUGGUUAUUGUGUUCAUCGUGGUGAUGUCGGCCACCCAGUACAUCCCUGCCUACUACGGAGACUAUGUGUUCCCCGACUGGGCCCAGGGCCUCGGAUGGUGCAUGGUCGUGUCGCCAAUCCUCUGGAUCAUCAUCAUCAUGAUCAUUCAGAUCAUCCGGUUAGGACCGGCCAAAGCUUUCAAGGCAACGCCGAGUUGGGGACCCGCUAAUCCAGAGGACAGGACCGGCAGAUACGCCACCACCACAACCUUCGACAGCGUCAUCACGGAAAAGCCACCAUUGCCUUACACAAAUGGAGGAUCCGAUAACCCAGUGUUCUACAGCGAAAAGCUGUGAUAUAAGAAUUCCAGAGAGACACCAGGAAAGGACCAUUGUCCUGGACUCAAAGAAAGGUCAAUAUCCAAUCCAGGCGACUUAUUUGAAUGAUACCUGGUGGGUUAUCUCCCUUCUCCACGCUGUACUCACUUCUUGCUCAUUUUUCGUUUUUAUUCCUUUUACUUUGUAAUACUCAAUGUCAUCUCAGUAACCUUGUACAGGUACACAUGUACUGAUUUCAAGUUACAUGUCCGUCAAAAUUGUCAAUUUCAGGAGAGAACAAAACUUUAAUUGACUUCAGUCACGAUUUGGUUUGUAAAACAUUUAGAUGUCUACAUGAGGUUCCCAAUUCCCGACGUUGUCAAUUCUAUUGUGUUUGAUUAUACAGAUUUACAAUACUAGGGCUAAACGUGUAACAGUUUGGUAAGUCAGUGUCCUGGGUGUUCUCUCAGCAUGAUGGGACUUGAUAGACUUACAAACAGAACACAACACUGACACGCUCGAAUAUAACUGUAACUCGAAUAUAACAGUACAAUGACAAGGCUAACAACGAUGGAACAUAUCCUGUCAUAACUGUUGCUAUGUGAACCUCGAAUAUUUUCCAACCCCGUUUCUACCAUAUGUCACGUUUCUUAUUCAGGCUGACAUGUCCGUGUCUUUUGUAGAGUAGUAUUACAACAUGUCUAAUGGUUGGCAAAUGUAUUUACAACUCUAAGUUUAUUUUUAUGAACAUAAUUUUUAUGCGUACUUGACGCUAUCUACCAGAGGAUUAAUCACGAGAUUUCUUUCGUCCAUUAUCAUGUUGUUUACAUAUCAGUAACACUCUGUGACAGCUUCCCUGAAACAAAUGUUCGUUUUUUUUAAAUACAUCAAAUGACACUAUUUAUGUUUAUUGUGAUUUGUAAUUCUACGUUCUAUAAAAACAUGAUUGUCAUGAUUGACACUGUAAUUUGUAUACGUCUGUCUAAUUGUUUUAUAAAUUUAAAAAUAUUUUGUAAGAAAAGUCAUUGUCAACAAA